CAGCCGAUCUGGGUCCGUUAUCCAAGAAAGGCAAAAAAACCUAAAGCGCAACGCACGUGACCGAGAGAAGAAAAGUCACAAGGUGAUAUAACUGCAUCGAUCGUCCAGGUACGACAUGAAGCAGCCAUUGAAAACGAUUGUUAUGCAAUCCAUUAUGACGGGAGUGUUAUUAAAUGACGAGAAAGGAAAAUACUUACUGUUGGGACUGUCCUUCAAUAUGAUCAAUAAUUUAUUGACUAUCUUCUCGAUCAUUUCCAUUUUGUACUACUUGACCACCGGUGAGGUUAUAUUGCUUCAAAAAUUUCUGCAGGGGCAAAUAAUUCACCAGCAAAAUAUUAAUACCUUGAAUGACGUACAAUUGAUUACACAAUUGAGCGUUCGCCUUACGGUAUUAGUCGCAUGCUGGAUUCGCCGAAAGCUCCUGCUGCGUUCUAUAAACAGCGCAAACGUCAUUCUCGAGUCGAUGGGAUCUUCGUAUUGUACGAAAAAAUCGUAUAUGCCGCAUUGCUUGGCUUUUCCGAUUUUCCUAAUUCUUCGAAUUCUGGAAGCAACCAACUGGACCGUUGAUCGCGCGGAGUAUAAGCCAGUAGAAAUUUUGGGACACGGGCUUCUCCUAUGGGCCAAUCUUAUAACCGACGUCGUCAUGAUUCAUUACGCUGCUCUCGCCUACUGCGUGAAGCUGGCCUUAAAGAAUAUCAACGAUCACAUAAGCCAGAAGAUAAUGGCGUCGACACGGAGUGAAAAUCCGAAGGAUCAGCAAGUUAACGUUUCUGCUGUACCUUACUACUCUUAUUUUCAAUCUCGGGAGAUUAUGCCGGUAUUGAAUGGCGUCGAGAGUUUAAUUAACGUUAAAUCGAACAAGAUCUCUCCGAAUGUUACUCACCGUGGCAACAGCCAUAUUGGAUAUUCAGAUACCAUGAUGAAAUUUAAUCGCCGACUGUCGCCGGUACAGAUGGAUAUAAAAAAAUGUACAAAGUCUGGAGCAUCCUCAACGAUAAAAUCCCAGGAAGCAAAAAAGGCUCCUUUAUAUCGAAUCAUUGAAUUUCUCGGUUACAAAAAUGCAAGAAGAGGAGCCGUUAAGAAUGCGGCAGAUACUGACACCCUGAAAUAUUUUUCAAAACGGCCGUCCCACGUUGGUACCAAAAACGAUAACAGUCAUCAAAUAUUGGAAUUGAUGUAUCGAUACAUAAAUAUCGAAGCUCUGGUCAACAAUAUGGAUUCGAUAUAUCGAGUUCAAUUAAUGUCGAUAUUCUGGAACGCACGGAUAUGCGGAAUACUAGUAAUCCACUCCUUGUUUUCUGAUAUACUCUCGGGCCAUCCUGCAAAUAUGAAGAGACUCUUAAUUGUCAGCAAUUCGUUAGCCGUGUUAUUUCUGCCGUUGCUCCACGUCUGCGAUCAAGCAGAGAGCGCAGUAAGGGAGAGUUGGCAGACCCGAACGGCGCUCUUGGCAGUAAAUAGUGGACGAGCAUCCAAAGACUUUAAUAGGAGUGUCGACAUUUUCGUCGGGCAGGUGGAAACGAUACCGAUCCAUUUCGACGUGGGUCUAGGAAAGGCUGCCACUUUGCGUGAAUUCCUUUCGCUUCUAAUAUCAACCGUCACAACCGUCAUUGUCAUGAUACAAUUUUCAUCGUCGACAUCAGCCACAGCCUCAAACACUACAUCCGUGACCAACUUCACCUCGUUACCCGAUUAUUCACAAUCAAACUACACUGAACAAUCGUUAUUAAAAAAUUACCAUUAAACACAUCUUCCACAGUUUCCAUUUAACGAAGCGAGUUU